AUGUCCCGAUUCGUAGCCUCUAGAUAUCGCCAAGCCGCCGAGAAGAAGGUGGCUAGUGCGAACGCCACGCUCUUGAGCGAUAAAACACUCAACGAGUCCAAGUUUGAGCCUGGAUCGGCCUCUUCGCCGUUGAAGGCCCCUAGAGCGGAUUCUGGGAAGACCAAACGACCGGUUUCAAAAAGGUCGCUGGCCUCUUCGAAAUCGGAUAACGCACUCUCCUCGAAGGCUGGAAAGACUCCAGGGACAAACAUGCGGCCGAGCUCCAGCACUGGCAGUCUUGCUUCCAAGGCGAGGGCGAAAGAUGCCACAACGACGCUUCCCGAGAAGGCCCCUUUCGCCGCUGGCAUCACCAGCUGGCCUAAUGGGGCCCUGAUGACGAAGAUUGAGAUCAGCGCGGUUCACAUGGUGAACAGCCUCCAGCCGAUGAUGGAGGCGAUCCGCGACCCGGAAAGGCUCAAGAACAUUGACCCUCUCCAGCUACAGCGGAUCGUCUCCUAUCAACGCUGGUUCAACCAGCUGUUCCGUGAUAAGGGACCGAAGCAGCGAAAGGCGCUGAACAAAAGGCAGCGCACGAAGUUCGAGAAGUUGAUCGCAGAACUGCAAGAAGUCAACGCGAUCUAUCAAGAGAAAAAAGCGAGAGUAGAGGAAGCUGAAAGCGCUGAGAAGACCCGAGAGGAGCUUACUCAUUUAGAAGCACUCGUCACCCAGCUGGAUCCGUUGAAAGAAGCUGUCGAAGAAGCUAGAAAAUCUCUCAAGGCUGACGAAGCGCAGGUGUCUUCUCAGACCGGCCAAAAUCUCCUUGAUGUUUCGGCCGAGAUCGAGACGGCCCGGGACCGUAUCGUUCACAAGCUCGAAUCCUGCGGCGGGGACGUCAACGAAAUCAUCCGGCUCAUCAACUUGAAGAGUGAAGAGGCCGAAUUGAAAAUCAAGGUCGAAGAGAUGAAGAAGAAACUCGCCAUACAAAAAGAAAAAGAGGCCGCUGUUCGUCGCCAACAAGCGCUCGAGGAGUUUGCCGAGUGGGCGGAAGCAACAAAAGACAAGAAGGGAAUCUCUCUUUGGGAUUGA